AUGCCUCCAUCAAAGCCAAAGCCUUCAGAGAUCGCAGCAGAGGCUAAGAGGACAUAUAUUCCCUACAUUCGACAAAACUUCAGUGAGAUAUGGCCAUCAACAUCCUUCCUAUGCUACUCCGAAUCUAUGUGUGCCCAACCAUCGGGCCACUUAGAUCGUCAAGCUCGUUUUGCUUUCUAUGACGACGACCCUGUUGAUCUCGCUCUCAAAUGGAAUGCUGGAGAGAAAAAGGCAAUCGCUCCUAUUAUCAUGCCGGCAAACGAUAAAAGACCGGGGGGAGAUUGGGAAGCAGGCAAGCUUUUGUGA